GCGAGGGAGCGAGGGAGGGAGGAACAGAACAGAGAGAACGAGUUCAGAUAGCACAUCCCUCAUAGGCUAGACAGCAUCUCUCCAAGACACACAGACCCAGACACAGAAAGAGGAGAGAAAGAAAGAAGCGAAAAAACACUCCAAAAUUCAUCCGGCAGCAGCAGCAGCAGCAGCAGACGCCCAAAGCCUUCAGAUGGGGCCCGGAUUGUUCUGGAACUUCCCCUCCAAGACUAGCUGCACGGUUUCGCAGACCCUGCUGCAGACAAUGUUGCUCUCCAGGAUGGCUGGCAUGAAGGAGCAGCAGUUUAUUGAGGAAAAGCCGCUACUUCCUGAAACAAGAGGACAGGACACGGAGAUGGCGAGAGGAGUGUGUGUGAAUGCACCUCGUGCUCAACCCCACCCCCCCUCAGCACGCCCCGCCCACAGGUGGCACGACAUCGCCCGCCAUUGGCUCGGUGUGACACGCCGUCGGCGUCGGACCAGUGGGUACAUCCUGGAGAACUGCGAGACCUUCGUACCUGUAGGAGACUGGAAGGAACAUGACAUUGACACUCCCUAUGGGUUGCUCCAUGUGGUGAUCCGCGGAGCUCCGAAGGGCAACAAGCCCGCGAUCCUCACCUACCACGAUGUAGGACUCAACCACAAGUUGUGCUUCAACACUCUGUUCCAUAAUGAGGACAUGCGGGAGAUCACUAAGCACUUUGUAGUUUGCCAUGUUGAUGCACCUGGCCAGCAAAUCGGAGCUCCUCAGAUGCCACCAGGAUAUCAGUACCCCACCAUGGACCAGCUGGCAGGUAUGCUGCCCAGCGUUGUGCAGCACUUUGGAUUUAAAAGCAUUGUGGGAAUUGGAGUUGGGGCUGGUGCCUACAUCCUCGCCAAGUUCGCUUUGAUCUUCCCUGAUCUGGUGGAGGGUCUCGUCCUGCUCAAUAUUGAUCCCAAUGGGAAGGGCUGGAUCGACUGGGCCGCCACUAAACUGUCUGGACUGACCAGCACCUUGCCAGACAUGGUCCUACCACACCUCUUCAGCCAGGAGGAGCUGAUGAACAACACAGAGCUGGUGCAGAGCUACCGUCAGCAGAUCAACAACACCAUCAACCAGUUCAACCUGCAGCUCUUCUGGAACAUGUACAACAGUCGUAGAGAUUUGGAGAUGAACCGCAGUGGGACUGUGCUCAACGCCAAGACCCUGAGGUGCCCAGUGAUGCUGGUCGUUGGUGAUAACGCUCCAGCAGAGGAGGGCGUGGUCGAGUGUAACUCCAAGCUGGACCCCACCAACACCACAUUUCUCAAGAUGGCUGACUCCGGCGGACUGCCUCAGAUCACACAGCCUGGAAAACUGACAGAGGCAUUUAAAUACUUCCUCCAGGGAAUGGGCUACAUUGCAUAUAUAAAGGAUCGGAGGAUGAGUGGGGGGCCAGUGCCCUCGGCCAGUAUGACCCGUCUCGCUCGCUCUCGGACGGCCUCUCUGACCAGCGGCGGCUCCAUGGACGGCUCACGCAACCGAGCGUGCACCCACUCCGAUAGCAGCGAGGGGGUGGGCCAGCUCAGCCACACCAUGGAGGUGUCCUGCUGAGCACACACACA